AUGGUGAUUUGUUGUGAAUGGAUAUCCAGCUGGGUCCAGCCGCGAGAGUCUCGUCGACGUCCUCAAGAACAACACCUUCAGAACCGACACGCUGCCCACGCUCCGGAAGACCACCACCACGCUCCGCAUGCACGCUUUGGUCACAACGCCGCCGGCUUCAGCCCAGAUGUCCACCGAAACAACGCCCCUGCUCGACGCAAACACCAAAAAACCCGCCCCGCCCAGCAAGCUCCUGCUAAAGAUCCACGAUCCCAGCGGACAACACAAGCUGCAGUAUCUGUGGACAGAAAUCAUCGCCAGCCCGCAAAUGAGCCUCAUAAUUUUCCUCAUAGACAUCUCAGACACACUCACCAUAGACGAGGCAAGGACGAAGCUCCACGAGAUUAUUGUGUACAACAACGAACACAGGAAACUGCCAAUGAUCGUCAUCUGCAACAAAACAGACCUGGUGGCCGAUUACCGCCACUUCGUGGCCAACAAGAAGCCGAAGAACCUCAAGCUGAGUAA